GUCGAUCUAGGUCUACGCUCGCACUCCGAGCCUCUCUGCCACAGCAUGAGGCUCAGGACCAAGGGGCGAGACCGGAAGCGCACGCGUGGGCCUCUGGGAGGUGUAGUCGGCGCGCAGGCGCAAUCCCAGCUUGUAGCCGCGGCCUCUGUUUUGAGAUUCGGCGAACAGCAGAGGAUUCACACCAAAGAAAAGCCUUAUGGAUGCAAUGAAUGUGGGAAAUCCUUCAGCCACAGCUCAUCACUCAGCCAGUAUGAAAGGACACACACUGGGAAAAAGCCUUAUGAGCGUCAGGAUUGUGACAAGGCCUUCAAUUAGAGCACCCAAUCUUACUCAGCACCAGAGGAUCCAUAGGAGAGAAACCAUACAAGUACAAGGACUGUGACAAAGCCUUCACACACAGCUCUUCUCUUACCAAACACUAGAGAACUCAUACCUACUCCACGUGCAGAAGCCUUAAGCCAAUCCAUCCAGUACUAGACUUACCACUGUCAUUCUCUUGAGAACACAAAUAUACAUAAAGUUGUCAAGUACCACACUCUUCUCAGAGGUAUCAGAAAUGACAGUGACCAUCAAGCUCAAAGUCAUUCCUAGAUCUAAACAGUAAGAAAACGUGGACACCAUCAACACGGGUCCAACAACCUUGAAUGCUCAUUAAUGUAUUCUAGUAUCUACAAAGAAGAAAUUGAACAAGUACAGGUCAGUGAUAAUUUUUGUCCUCAUUUGUUUUCAAAGAUUUACCAUAUUUCAAAUCGGAGCUGUUCAAAGUGGUGAGAAAUUUAAAAGAACUAAAUGACGUCAGAAUUUGCUAUUAUUGCACAUGAUAGAUACUCUUGAAGUGGUGCUUAAGAAUAGGUCAAGUUGCCAGGUGGUGG